UUUCAAGUUUAUAAAUAUAUCGAUAGUUGAACGAGAAAUUUUUAUACAAUGGCACUAAAGUAUAUACGAGAAGAGGCGCAUUACUUAGUGAAAAAAGUCAUUAGUUUGUCGUACAAUUGUCUAUCAUCCGACGAAUUUUUGAAGAUUUUGAAAGAUUUAAAUGAUUCAUCGAUUCGAAGAAAUAAGGAAGUGUUUUCAUGCAUAAUAUUCAAGUUGCUCGACGAACAGACACAUUUUCCCGGAUAUUCGUACGAUGUCCUUAUGAAGUUAGCCAAUAUUUACGGCGGUCUCAUUGAAUAUGAGCUUAUUUCCGAUCCUGAAACUUUGAAAAAUACUUUACAACUGGUCAUGGACACGCUGAAAAACAAACCCGACUCAAGAAUGUUCGAUUUCGGUGUAACGGCGUUAAACCGAUUCUAUGAACGCUUGUGGGGGGAUUGCGAAGAGUAUUUCCAAAGUGUAGCCGCCAUACCACACUUAAAAAGCUUUCCCCGACAUAUAAUCGAGUGGAUUGAGGACCACGGGAAGCACACACCGGAACGCGCAUAUGACGGUCCUACGGGUGCCCAACAGUCAUCCGUCGUGUUGUGCUCACCCACAGGGUUAUCGGCCGUAAAGACGCAGUCGGUCGACCUAGAAGAAUUCGACUUCGAAGGAAUUGGGGAGAGCUUGACCGACAAAGAUAAAAUAGUGUUCAUCGUGAACAAUCUGAACGCGAAAAAUCUACGUGAGAAGUGCGACGAAAUCAAGAACAUUUUAAAAGAAGAACACGUUCCAUGGCUCUCCGAGUAUUUGAUCGAGCAACGUGUUCGUUUUGAAUUCAAUUUACAUGCUUUGUAUUCAGACUUUUUAGAUAGAAUGAACAACGAGAAGCUAAACGCCCUUGUAAUGUCUAGAACCAUAGAAAAUAUUCAAAUGCUAUUGGACAGCAACACGACGAACAGCAGGGCUCUGUUAAAAAAUUUCGGUCACUGGUUAGGCAUUAUAACGUUGGCGAAAAAUAUACCCUUACCGUUUUACGAUGGCUAUCUAAACUCAUUGUUAACGAAAGCGGUCUAUAAAGGAAUCGAAAGACUUACGUGUAUUGUUCCGUUCAUCGCCAAGAUACUUGUGGCUUGUGCCAAAAGCAAAGUGUUUGAACCGAAAAGCUUAUGGACAUUAAACUUAUUAAGAAGUCUUGCAGAACUUCACAAACAACCUGGUUUAAAGUUAAACAUACAGUUUGAAAUUGAAAUACUCUUCAAAUCUUUAAACAUUGAAUUAGGGGAUUUGAAAUCCGGGCAGAUUUAACACGAAGAUAAAACAGCAGUUUAAUAUGAUAUGUUAUCGCAA